GUGUUUGGUGGAUUUUUUUUAUGUAUUUGUUUUCUUAGUUUCAGCUUUUGGAUUACGGAUAAUGGCGGCGGCUGACAAGCAGAGUGCUUUAGAUUACAUCAAUCAGAUGUUCCCUACAGAGGCCUCUCUGUCUGGUGUUGAGCCACUUAUGCAGAAAAUACACAGUGAAGUUCGUAAAGUGGAUGCUGAAAUUUUAACAGCUGUUCGUCAGCAGAGUAACUCAGGAACCAAGGCCCGGGAGAAUCUUGCAUCAGCUACUCAUGCUGUUCAGGAACUUAUUUUUAAGAUCCAAGAAAUAAAAACAAAAGCAGAGCAAAGUGAAACAAUGGUUCAGGAAAUAUGCCGUGAUAUUAAGAAACUGGAUUUUGCAAAGAAGCAUAUAACUACAACAAUUACUGCUCUUCAUCGUCUUACCAUGCUGGUCUCUGCUGUCGAACAACUCCAAGUUAUGGCUUCUAAAAGACAGUACAAGGAGGCAGCUGCACAGCUUGAGGCUGUCAACCAGUUAUGCAGCCAUUUUGAUGCUUUCAGAGAUAAUCCAAAGAUCACAGAGCUUAAGGACAGGUUUAAGAGCAUCAAACGAAUUCUGAAGUCACACGUGUUUUCAGAUUUCUCUAGCUUAGGU